GGGAGUCCCUGCCUCAUCAUGCCUCACAGAAAGAAAAAGCCCUUUAUAGAGAAGAAGAAAGCUGUGUCUUUUCACCUGGUCCACCGGAGCCAGAGAGACCCCUUGGCAGCAGAUGAAACCGCACCGCAGAGAGUUCUGGUGCCUACACAAAAGGUAAAUGAUGAGGAAAGGCGAGCAGAGCAGAGGAAGUACGGCGUGUUCUUCGAUGAUGACUACGACUACUUGCAACACCUGAGGGAGCCAUCCGGCCCCGCAGAGCUUAUUCCCAGCUCCACCCCCAGCACCUACUCCAGCCGUGGGGAAGAAGACACCUCGGUGUUCCCGAGCACGGGGAUUAAGUUGCCUUCAUCAGUGUUUGCGUCAGAGUUUGAAGAAGAUGUUGGACUGUUAAACAAAGCAGCUCCAGUUUCAGGACCUCGACUAGAUUUCGAUCCAGACAUUGUUGCAGCUCUUGAUGAUGAUUUUGACUUUGAUGACCCAGAAAACCUCCUUGAAGAUGACUUUAUUCUUCAAGCCAGCAAGCCGACAGGAGGAGAGGGGAUGGACAUGCUGGAGUCUGACGGAGACGAUGGCAAUGAGUGGGAAGACAUGGACGAGGGCGGGAGCGAUGGCUGUGGCUCUACAGGCCCUCUGUCAGAUGGAGGUGACAUAUCUGCCCCCGGCUCCCCUCGGGAAGCCAUGAAAAAGCACCUGUUUUGGGAAGAGGAAACCAAAAGCCGUUUCACAGAGUACUCCAUGACCUCCUCAGUCAUGAGGAGAAAUGAACAGCUUACUCUACAUGAUGAGAGGUUUGAGAAGUUUUAUGAACAGUAUGAUGACGUUGAAAUUGGAGCUCUGGAUAAUGCGGAGUUGGAAGGCACCAUUCAAGUGGACAGCAGUCGGCUGCAGGAGGUUCUGAACGACUACUACAAGGAGAAGGCAGAGAACUGUGUAAAGUUGAAUACUCUUGAGCCUUUUGAGGAUCAAGAUCUGGCAGCAAAUGAGCUCGAUGAGUCUGAGAAGGAAGAGACCGUUACUGUGGUUCUCGAGGAAGCCAGAGAGAAGUGGGACUGUGAAUCCAUCUGCAGUACAUACUCCAAUUUAUACAACCACCCUCAGCUCAUCAAGUAUGAACCAAAACCCAAACAGAUCCACCUGUCCUCUAAGACGGGAAUACCUCUCCAUGUCCUACCUAAGAAAGGCCUCACAGCAAAGCAGGUCGAACGGAUGCAGAUGAUCAACAGCAGUGAUCUGCCCAAGGUGUCCACCCAGCCCCGUCUCAAAACUGAGAGCAAAGAGGAUAAAAAAGCCAGAAAGCAGGCCAUAAAGGAGGAGCGGAAGGAACGAAGAGUUGAAAAGAAAGCUAACAAGCUAGCAUUCAAACUGGAGAAAAGAAGGCAAGAAAAGGAGCUGCUGAACUUGAAGAAAAACGUUGAAGGUCUAAAACUGUAGAUGUGGGACAUUCAUAAGUUUUAUUUCCAUGUCAGCAGUCUUCGUUAUGCUCCAGAAUUAACAGGAUCUAAAGAGGGGUGAGCUUCUCCCUGCUGUUUUUAUAUGCAAAUAGCUGAGAUAAAUAGAGUAUUUGUAUUUUCAUACAGGCAAGGUUCUCUUGUCAGCUAUCAUCUUGUAAAUACUAUAAUGUUGUAAGUUUAAUAUUAUACGCUUAUAUUUCUUCUGAAAUAAAUGACUUCAUGAAAGUCAAAUGUUUGGAUAAAUUAAAGGAAAAUGUCUUCAUAA